AUGGCUGACCAAGUAAAGCCCCCUGCUGGCUACGGAGCUAUCCCGAGCCAUGUCCGCAUGAACAUUGGGAACAAAACACCGCCACUUAGUCCGUUAAUGCUUCGUGUGAACAAGACGACCAAUACACUCAAAGGAUGGGAGUUUCCAGGAUGGGGAGACAGCACUUCGACGGUAGCAAGCGACAGUGAAUUGGAUGAGAUCCAAACACAACUUUCCAUGGACCAUCCAAAGCUUUCCGAGUGGCUAGCUACUGCUAUUUGCGGAAACGAUAUCUUGUCCAGCUGCUUGUACGUGUCGGGGCUCGUAGCGUCCAAGGCCGGUAAGCUCGCACCUAUAGCUCUUGCCAUCGUGGCCGGUAUAUUGUACCUAUACCGGUUUAUUUACGGAGAGGUACUAAAUGCUGUACCGCUCAAUGGAGGCUCUUACAAUGUCCUGCUCAAUACCACGUCCAAACGCGUGGCUGCAAUGGCAGCAUCGCUUGCAAUCUUAUCGUACAUUGCCACGGGGGUGGUCUCUGGUACAUCAGCCUGCAAUUACUUGGCAUCGCACGUACCAUCACUGCAAAUUGUACCGGCUACUAUCGGUCUUCUCUUUAUCUUUGCGUUGCUGAGUCUAAUUGGCAUCACUGAGAGUGCAGUCGUGGCCCUUGUUAUCUUUAUCACCCAUGCCACGACGUUGACGGUGCUCUGUGUAUUGUCUAUGGUAUAUAUCGUGAAGGACGACUUCCAGACUCUAUGGGCAAACUUUGGUACGGAAUUCCCCGACAUCAAUCUCGCGGGAGACAUCAUCUCUGGAAACUUUUUCACCGCAGUCUUAUUCGGCACAUCGACCGCUAUGCUUGGUAUCUCUGGCUUUGAAACAUCCUCACAGUUUGUAGAGGAACAAGCUGAUGGAGUUUUCCCAAAGACCCUGCGGAACAUGUGGUGGGGUGUUGCUAUCUUUAAUCCGAUGAUCUCUUUGCUUUCGCUCGGUGUGCUUCCACUGGAUGGUCCAGGUGGCAUUGUGGACAAGAAGGACACUGUAUUGGCUGAAAUGGGACUGAAGGUUGCAGGUGAUAACAUGCAGCUAGUGGUAGCGCUGGAUGCGUUUGUUGUCUUAUCGGGUGCUGUGCUGACUGCGUACGUCGGUAUUGUCGGCCUUGUGCGUCGACUGGCUAGUGACCGUGUGGUACCAAAUUUCUUGCUUCAUGUGAACAAGGCACGCAGCACAAACCACUACAUUAUUAUUGGGUACUUCAUGGUGGCUACAAGUCUGGUGCUGAUCUUACAUGGAGACACGACGACACUAUCAGGUGUAUACACGUACGCCUUUCUAGGUCUCAUGACGUUGUUCGGCAUUGGCUGUAUGCUGCUCAAGUUUAAACGCGCUGAGAUUCCGCGGACGGUGAUUGCGCCUUGGUGGAGCUGCAUCCUGGGUGUAUCGAUGGUAGUGACGACAUUUAUGGGGAACUUACUAGGUGACCCAACGAUUCUCACGUACUUCUCGCUGUACUUUAUCGCUGUACUGUUGCUUGUGUACAUCAUGUUCGAGCGCACUUUUCUGCUGCGAAUGUGCCUCUACUGCAUGCGCCAAUUAUGCCCAUCUCAACGCAACCACGACGAAAAUGAAAUCCAUUCGCUGCGCACGGGUGCCCGCGGCGGUCAGACGAUCGCCCGAUUUAUCCGCGAGAUUAACGAGCCUGCCGUUUUCUUCUUCUGCAAAACCCCGAAUCUUAACAUUAUCAACAAGGCCAUCCUGUACGUGCGCACCAACGAACAAACGCAUACGCUGUUCAUCGUGCACUGUCAUCCCCGUGGAGCAGUCGUGCCUGAAGGCUUCAAAGAGACAGUGUCUAUGUUCGACAACGUCUACCUUAAGAUCAAGCUUAACUUCCUGAGCGUUGAGGGCCCGUUUGGACCCGCCAUGGUCGAGUGGGUGUCUCGCAAGUAUAACCAGCCCAAGAAUCACAUGUUCAUCAAACAACCCAAUUACAACUUCGCUCACACAAUUGCUGCGCUCGGAGGUGUGCGUGUGAUAACCGGGUAA